AUGUUUACCUCGCUUAGUACCCAUGUGGUAAUCGCAAGUGAACCAUAUCCUUCUUUUGGUAAAUAUAACGAAUUACAAAAGUUAUAUUCGAGUACAUUGAAAUGUCCUUGUUCGAAUAUAUCAAUACCUUACUCAAGAAUCACAUCAAUAUCUCCACGUAUUCAUCAAAUUUGUUCAAGUGUUUUCGUUAGUGAAAUGUGGAUUUCAUUAACGAAAACAAUAUCUCGUUUGUCGUGGUAUGGUUUAGAUGCUCGACACUUUCGACUAUUGUCUAGUAUAUGUAACCUAAUUAACCAAACAACCGAUGAUGCUCUACGUCGAUUCGAUGCUCAAUCUUUGGUAACUUCAAAUGUUAUUAGUGAACGUGAUUUUAAUGCUCAGUUGAAUAUUACCAUCAAUCAAUUUAUGGAAGGACUAGUCAUCAAUUUUGGUCUUCUUAUCAAUGUUACACGACUUUUCAUUCAAAUCGAUCAGCCUUUCGCUAGUCAAAACUACAUGUACUUGCAAUCAUUUGACAUGACAUUUAACCGUACAAAUCAGAGUAUAUAUAAUCAGCCACCACCAGAAUUGACUUUUCGGUUGACAGGUAUCAUCAGUUACAAUGGAACAUCUACAGAUUGUAUCUGUGCUCUCGACACUCAAUGUCAAUAUGCAGUUACAUUUUAUGAUUGGCAGAAUUUCUCCAUGAUCGAACCUUAUAUAGUACCUGGCAUGACGGUAGGCUGUUUUGUGUUUGACUCUCUCAAACUUUCGACACUCGAAUGUUUUUAUUCAAACUUUUGUUUAUCGUUGUUUUAUUAUUAUAUUAAUCAAACAAUGUUGAAAUCAGAUACAGGAGUUGAAUGGUUCAAAGCUUUUCCCUUAGUUUAUGAUGAAAAAUCGACUCAAUUUGCUCCGGAGACUUCACUCGAAAUUAUAUUUAACAAAAUGAUGAUGGAACAGUGGAGCAUAUCUUUAUCGUUUGAUCAAUAUUAUGUACAAUGUGCACCUAUCUAUUGUACAUAUUCUCGAAUAGAAUCGACGAGAAGUUUCAUGACGAUAAUAACAACGUUCAUAUCUUUAAUCAGUGGUCUUACGGCUGCAUUACACUUUAUCACGCCUCAACUUGUCAAAGCGAUCUUCUUUUUUUUCUUAAUUCAACCACGUAUCGAAGAGCAAAGACAACGUACUCAAUCAACUUUUCGUCAAAAAUCAAUAACAGUAUGGCGAAAAUUGGUUAUGUUUUUAUUUACAAAAAUAUUUAGUAUGAACAUGUUUCCUCCACGACGUUUCCCAAGUGACAUCGAUGCAGCCAGAAGAAAAUAUUUAGGUCAAUAUGCAACUCGGCUCUAUAUUGUUCUUCUGAUUUUUGGUCUCUUAAUACUAACCAUCUAUACCGCUGUGGAACCUCGGAUUCUAACAAAAACGUUUCCUAAGCCAUCGCUCAGCGUCUAUCAGCGUCUCAUGCGUGAUCAUAAUGAUACGCUUCAGUGUCCAUGCUCGACGAUUUCAUCAAUAUAUAAUCAAUGUGUUUCAAUAGAACCAGUUUUUCAUCAGGUCUGCUCGAGUCCAUUCGUUUCGGAUGAAUGGAGAACAAAGAUUUUAACUGGUUUCGUUCCCGAUCUUUCGAUAUAUGACAUACACGACUAUCGUCGAUUUCUCUUCGCACAUUUUCAAUUUCUUUACGGUUUAUGUGAUGUUUCUGUGCGAUCAGUUAAUGAAGCAAUUAAUACAUUUCUCUCCUCAUCGUUUAUCACACCCCAGCUACAAUCAGAACCAGAUCUCAGUGGAUAUAUCAAUUCAUUGGUUGAACAAAGUAAAUCCCAAGCUCCACAGACACUUACUCGUCUUAUUUUCCUACUAUUAUCCAUCAAUCGUGGCAAUGCAUUUGUAACAACAUAUGGAACCAACUAUCAAUAUGUCGUUCCUCCGUUCAGUGGGUUUACGAUAUAUGGUAUGUUGGUCCUUUAUAUGUACGGUGUAUCAUACAAAAGUAUUUAA